CUUUGUAACAUAAGACAACAUUGUUCAAAAAUGCUAUUUAUCACAAUGACGGCACAGACAACGGUUGUUUUGUGCUUGCUGGUGAAAGCGGCUUGGGGCGAGAUGAAAUUUCCACCUGGCUUCAGAUUCGGGGCUGCAACCGCUGCUUAUCAGAUCGAAGGCUCCUGGAACGUGAGUGAUAAAGCCGAGAGCGUAUGGGAUAGGUUUACACAUGAACAUAAAUAUUACGUGGACUCUGGAAGCAAUGGUGAUGUCGCUUGUGACUCCUACAACAGGUGGAAGGAUGAUGUACGAAUUGCAAAGGAGUUGAACUUACACUUCUAUAGAUUUUCGAUCUCGUGGCCUCGUCUACUACCGACUGCUUUUUCAAACAAAAUCAGCGACGACGGGAGGAAUUAUUACAAUCAGUUGAUCGAUGCUCUCCUGGAAGAGGGUAUAGAGCCGAUAGUGACUCUGUUUCAUUUGGAUUUGCCUCAAAGAUUGCAGGAUCUGGGCGGCUGGGCAAACCCUUUAAUAAUCGAUUGGUUCGCCAACUACGCAAGGGUGGUAUUUUCUCUUUAUGGAGACCGAGUGAAGACCUGGAUAACUAUUAAUGAGCCCCUACUAAUUUGUGAGAUGUCGUACAGCGAUAGUAAUCUGGCCCCUGGAAUCGAAUCCAUUGAAUUAGGAAAUUAUUUGUGUGCCAAGAAUGUUUUGUUAGCUCAUGCCACAGCUUGGAGGAUUUAUGAUGAGGAGUUCAGACCGAAGUAUCACGGUAAAGUUUCCUUGACGAACAUUUUGAUAUGGUAUGAACCAACUACGGGCAACGAUAGUAACCUUGGUAACUUGGCGAACCAGUUGUGUAAUGGAAUAUAUACGCAUCCGAUUUUCUCGAAAACUGGUAACUGGCCACAGUCUGUUAUAAAAAUAGUGGACGAAAGAAGCAAAUUGUUGGGAUAUCCUUACUCUCUUCUUCCUGAGUUUACUAAAAAAGAAAUAGAAUUUAUAAAAGGUACUUACGACUUCUUCGGAAUGAAUUACUACAUUUCAAAGUCAAUAAGGAAGUCCCUGGUAAAUGAACAUAUACCGUUGUGGCCUCUUGAGGGAGUACCGAUAUUGGGAGCCAUUUUGGAAAGUCAACCCACUUGGACGAGCGGAGCUACGAAGUGGUUUUCGGCCCAUCCACCAGGCCUUCGUAAAGUCCUGAACUGGAUCAGACAUAAUUACGGUGAUCAGGAAAUAUAUAUCAUGGAAAACGGAUACGCGACCGCCGAUACUGAGCUGGAAGAUUUUGACAGGAUCAGUUACUUGAAGGAUCAUUUGGAGCAGGUUCUGUUAGCCAUGAAGGAUGGAGUCAACGUUACCCGUUACACAAUUUGGUCCUUAAUGGACAAUUUUGAAUGGUCAGAUGGUUAUACGAUAAAGUUUGGCCUGUAUGAAGUGGACUUUUCGAGUCCAGAGCGAACACGCACUCCGAGGAAAUCAGCGGAAUACUACAAGAAUGUUAUCGAGACCCAUUCCUUGUCUGAUUUCUACGUUAAAAAUGAAUUAUAAUUUAUUUAAUUUUUUAUUUUCUUAAUUUAUAACAUUGUUUGUUGUACUUGUUUUUCGUUUAUCGUGUAAGGUUUGUUGUAAAAUAAUUAAAUUUUUUAAUGUUGAGGAAAUUUUCGGAUUGCCAAAUAGCAACACUGUUGGUGGGAGCUAUUACAGUAGUUGGGACGUGACAUAAUAAAAAAGGCGGUAGUCUGAAAAAACAUAACGAAAAGCGGUGUAUUCGGUAGAGAACAGAUGUCUAAAGAUUGUACAAGUGGAGUUAUAAAUAAACGGGUAGGUACCACGGCCCCGCCUAUUUCGGCCGUGAAGCAGUAAUGCGUUUCGGUUUGAAGGGUGGGGCAGCCGUUGUAACUAUACUGAGACCUUAGAACUUAUAUCUCAAAGUGUGUGGCGCAUUUACGUUGUAGAUGUCUAUGGGUUCCAGUAACCACUUAACACCAGGUGGGCUGUGAGCUCGUCCACACAUCUAGGCAAUAAAAAUUAAAAAAAAGCAAUACAGAAUUAUGUAAAAUACUGCAAUCUGUGUAUUUAUCAGCAUUCAUCAUUUCGGUAGGCAGCGGCUUGGCUCUGCUCCUGGCAUUACUGAAGUCCAUGGGCGACGGUAAUCACUUACCAUCAGGUGGGUCGUACGCUCGUCUGCCUACAAAGGCAAUAAACAAAAUAUUUCCUGGCUUUGGAACCAGAGUUUUACAUCCGUAGUUUGUUGAAAGAAAAAUGAACUGUUGUAAAGCUGAAAGAAUAUAAAUAUAAAUAAAUAUAAUAAUUUACUAACAAUCACGCCACGUUAACUGGUCCCGUGCUAAGUUCGUAAAGAACUUGUGUUACAGGUACCAGAUAACGGAAAUAAAUAUAAUAUUUUUAUCAUACACAUAAAUAAUAAUAAAAAAAAAUAAAAA